UCGAGUCGAAUUGAAGUUUGGCCAUAUUUUGUAUAAGUUUACAAAAUAACGACAAGAAAUGUGGCUGUGGUUGAUUGGUACAUGUCUGCAUGAGUUCACACGUCACUGUUCAAAUACCGGUUGAUGUCAUCUCAAGAGAGGGGACAAAGUCACAUAAUAUGGAGCCGUCAAGAAGAAACCUGGUGAUUUGUUCACUGGGAAUCUUCGUGUGUUAUUUCUAUUAUGGAAUUCUGCAGGAAAAGAUAACAAGAGGGAAAUAUAUGGUUGGAGAGAAGACGGAGAGAUUCACAUAUACUUUGUCAUUGGUCUGUGUACAGUGUAUCAUCAAUCUUCUAUUUGCAAAGUGUAUCAUUUACCUCAGUGCUGGCAGCAGCGAUGCUGAAAGAGACAACACUCCCAAAAAGAUGUACGCUACCUGUGCAGUGACGUAUCUUUGUGCAAUGUUGGCGAGUAACCAUGCUCUACAGCAUGUCAAUUACCCAACCCAGGUUGUUGGCAAGUCAAUCAAACCAAUUCCUGUGAUGAUCCUGGGUGUACUGUUGGCCAGGAAGAAGUAUCCUCUCCAGAAGUACAUGUUCGUCCUCAUGAUUGUGGUGGGGGUGGCAUUAUUUAUCUAUAAGGAGAGCAAGGGAACAAGCAAAUCGAGCGGCCAGUCCAUCUUGGGGAUUGGAGAGAUGCUACUGUUGCUGUCUCUGGCCCUUGAUGGGUUUACCGGUGGCAUCCAGGACCGUAUUCGUGCCAACUAUCGUACCCACGCCCACACUAUGAUGUUAUACAUGAACUUCUUCAGUGCUCUCUUGUUGAUGACAGGUGUGCUGGUGACAGGCGAGGUAUUCAACUUCGUUGCAUUUGUGUCACGUCAUCCGACCAUUCUUAUCCAUAUGCUCUCAUUCAGUGUAGCGAGUGCAUUGGGACAGAACUUCAUCUUCCUGACGGUUGCCAACUUCGGCCCUCUAGCCUGCUCGAUUACAACGACAACCCGCAAGUUCUUCACCGUCCUUGGAUCUGUCGUUAUCUUCGGCAAUGUCCUCGCGGGGCGGCAGUGGGUUGGCACUGGUCUCGUAUUCAGUGGAUUGAUCUUGGACAAUUUGUACGGAAAGGAGCAAAAGACUGUUAGACCUUGUUGAUCGAUGGCAUUUGGUGUUGGAUCUAUUUUGAGCUUAGGUUAUGUCUGCCAUGUGAUUGCUGUUGAUCCCUUGCUGUGUGGAGCUUGUACUGGCGUCUGACUCUCCAUCCGUGGGUUGUGGGUUCAAACCUGGCCCGGUCCAAACUUUGCACUUCAAGGGUAGUGAUGUAUGAGCUUCUCCUAACCCUGAAGUGCCUCUGUGGAGACGUAUGAUAGUUGGCAGCAGGUCCGGGUCAAGUGUUCCGUGACCAUUUUGCCUACAACCGCCAGUGGGUUUACCAUAUUUAUUCAUGUUUUAGCUGUAUAGAUUCCAGAGGAGGGUUACUGAUUCCGACAAACUUCAGGCAAGUUUGUCAAGGCAGUUUUACUAUUAUUCCACAAUCCAAUUCGCAAUGUUAUCUUUUCCAAUGUAGUUUUGAAAUAAUCAGUUAUGUGUGUGUACUUAAACUUGCCUUCACAUGACAAAUCAAGAUAUACGGGUGUGAGAUUUACAUCUGGCCAGGGAAUUAGUCCACCAAUGAUCAGAUGCAUUCCUUGACAUAAUCAUCAUGGUUUUCAUUUGAUCGAAGAACUUCGUAUCCUGAACAAUGCCUCAUUUGGAGCGGUACCAUCCAGAAUAUACAUUUCAAUAGCAAUAUUGAUCUGUAUCCCAUCAGCUGAUAUGGGUGUUGAGUUGUUCGUGGAAACGUUUAACAUUUUGGUGCUGUUUGUUUAGGUUGAUUGAUCAUACUGGGUGAGAUACCAACAGUAGUACUGCAUGUAGUAUGCUGUUAUGACCUUCUCCAUUGUUAGUUACUGCUAGUCUGGUAGUUGUCGUGUAUGUGAUUGUAGGCUUCCUCUCUUUUGCUUUUAACUUCAUAUUUUCAUUCUUCUGAACUGGGAAGGCCCAUUGGGGAUUGUGGGACUCUGGUUAGGUUAUGUCAGGGCCAGUUAGGUUUCCAACUGAGUUGGAUACUUUUGACCAAUUGUUGUAGAUGUGAAGAGAUUGUGGUUUCAUGAAAA